UCUUUAAACAUAAACGAAACCGACGAAGCAUAUUUCUUCACCUCACGUGAGAUUUCAGCUGCUGUAAUAGAGCCGCUACACUUCUGGGGCAACCUGGAAAACAAAUAACAUUUGAGUUGUGUCUCUGACGAGGUAGUAAUGACCUUUUUAUGCUAUGCUAUGUCUGCUUUUCAACAGAAAACGCACGCAGUGUAUUAGUUUAUAAGCGUGUGCUGACAGUAUAUGAUAGUCCUUCCUUAAGGUUAUGCUUUUGUUGUGUUUGGUUAGAAACUUUGGUUAGAGAUCCACACUUUCACUGUUUUCUUGGCAAUACAGCUCUUAUUGCAAGACAGAAGCCAAAGAGAUGGCGGAAUCAUCAGCGAGUGGGUUUGUAGACCAGUUCAUGUGUCCGGUCUGUUUGGACGGACUGAAGGAGCCGGUGACGAUUCCCUGUGGACACAGUUACUGUAUGAGCUGUAUUACUGUUUGCUGGGAGCAGAAGGAGCAGGGGCCGCCGUACCGCUGUCCUCAAUGCAGAGAGAGCUUCAGUCAGAGACCUCUACUGAAGAAGAACACUCUGAUCGCUGAGAUGAUGGAGACGCUGCAGAAGACGUAUCUGCGAGAGGCUGCUGUGGACUGUGAUGUUUGCACCACGGAGAAGAACAGAGCUGUCAAGUCCUGUCUGCAGUGCUUGGCCUCCUUCUGUCAAACUCACCUUCAGCCUCACUAUCAGUCUCCUGCGUUCAUGAAGCACAAACUAGUCGAGGCCUCCAGAAACAUUCAGGAGAACAUCUGCCUCGUUCAUGGGAAACUUCUGGAGCUUUACUGUCAGGAUGACCACCAAUGCAUUUGUUGUUUGUGUGCUCCUAAUCAUAAAGGACACAGUGUGGUGUCUGUGGAUUCAGAAUUGACUAUUAAGAAAGAGUUAGAAGCGACAGAGAUGUCGUGUCAAAAGCUGAUCCAGGAGCGAGAGAGAGGUCACCGGGAACUCAGAGAAGCUGUGAAGCUGCUUACAAGUUCAGCGCUAGAGACCAUGGAGGACGUCGAGAAGGUCUUCACCGAGCUCAUCUGCUCUCUGGAGAAGAAACGCUCUGAAAUUAAAGAGCAGAUCAGAGUUCAGGAGAAGGCUGAGAUCGAUCGAGCAGAGGAACUUCACGAACAUCUGGAUCAAGAGCUGGCAGAACUCAGAAGAAGACAAAAAAAGAUCAAGGAGCUUCUGACUAGUGAUGACCCAAUCCAGAAUCUGAAGAGCUGCCAGUCUGUGUGUGUUUUACCCACCUUUGAAGGCGGCAUCACUCAACACACUCACCUGUUUUUUAAAGACAUUUCAGUCACAAUGUUUAAGGAGGUUUUGGAGGACGUGUGUCAACAGCAAACUGCCAGAAUAUUCAGAGAAGUGUCAAAUGUCUAUGUCACAAACCCUCCAGAGCCAAAGACCGUGCAUGAUUUUUUGCAAUACAUCUGCGAGCUUCACUUGGAUCUAAACACUGCGCACAGAAACAUCAAACUGUCGCAAGACAACAGGAAAAUAUCAUCUACUUUAAAGGCUCAGCAAUAUCCAGAUCAACCAGAGCGGUUUAAUGAGCGUCCCUAUGUCUUGUCUAGAGACGGUUUGUCUGGUCGCUUUUACUGGGAGGUCAAAUGCAGAGGGAACGAAUGGGCUGUUGGAGUUUGUUACAAAGGAAUCAGGCGUAAAGGAAGCACUCUCGACUGCAUACUUGGCUUCAACAAAAUGUCGUGGAGACUGGGUUAUUUUCUGCAGGAAUUCGGUUUUUAUCACGCUCAACAAAAAGUCCCGGUCCCUGUCGCCUCUAGAAUAGGAGUGUAUCUGGAUCACAGAGCAGGGACUCUGGCCUUCUUCAGCGUCUCUGAUACAAUGACUCUCCUUCACAGAGUCCAGACCACUUUCACCGAACCCUUAUACCCUGCGUUUAAGGUAGGAGCCGGUUCAUCUGCCAGGAUCAUAGAGCUGAAAAAAGACCAGUUUUGCACUGCGGACGAAAGCUUGUAUGCGGACACAACUUUUCUUUACGAACGCAUGAGAUUUUUUCUUCAAGGGACUUCCUAGUGAAAUGAAAAUAGCAUGAUAACAGUAAAAAGUUUGCAAUAUGAAGCAGGCUAAUUUUGUACAAGCUAAGUAAAUGGAGCACCAGAAGCCAAGCGCAUUUAAGUUAGAAAUGUAAUAAAAUAAAUAAAAUAGGAAAAGGUGGAUAAAAAAACAACACCAACAAAGAAAUGUAUAACGUAAUUUAACUGAUCUAAUUAAAAAAUGCGAAAGGUCAUGCAGGGUACCGCUUUUCCUACAUUAAAUCUCUUUUAAUAAUAAAAGUUUAUUAUUAUUGGUUAUGCUAAAUCAUUAAUCAUGAUGGAAAUCAGUAUUUGUUAGAUAAGUUUUUUUUUUUUUUUUUUUUAAAUAACAAUGAUUGGUUUCAGAUUUGUGUUAAUAAAUUUCAUUUUAAAUACAAGGUUUGUAUACAAAUAAUGGAUUUUGAUUUAAAUGACGAAAUGUGAUUUUUGGAAUUAAUGUGCCCAUAAUUUUGCUUGCAUUUUUAUCAUUUAGUUUUUAUAUCAUUACAAUCAUUUCUUUACAUUUUAAAC